CCAUUAUUGAGCAUUGAAGAGGUUUGUUCUAAUACACGAACUAGUCACCCGUGAUUUCAACAACUUUUUCGUUGUCGUUCUAUGUCGUCCUCCGAUUCAAGGCGUGGAGUGCGUAAACGUACACACGAUAGAGCUUUUAGCAGUCAUUCGACUUCUUUGGAUUCCUUACCUUCCUCAUAUAAUAGUCAGAAACCCGCUUCAAGUGUACAUUUCAAGUCAAAAUCCAUGUCCACAAGUUUGAAAAGAAUCCAAAAAGAACUAACGGAUAUAAUGACAGACCCACCACCUAACUGCAGUGCGUUUCCCCGAGGAGAUAAUUUGUAUGAAUGGGUUUCAACUUUGUUGGGCCCUCAAGGGUCAGUGUAUGAAGGUGGAAUAUUUUUCCUAGAUAUCCAUUUUUCCACCGAAUAUCCUUUCAAACCCCCUAAAGUUAUAUUUAAAACGCGUAUCUAUCACUGCAAUAUUAAUAGCCAAGGUAUAAUAUGUUUGGAUAUACUUAAGGAUAAUUGGUCUCCUGCUCUAACCAUCAGUAAGGUUUUGCUCUCCAUUUGUUCACUACUUACUGAUUGCAAUCCUGCUGAUCCAUUAGUGGGAUCUAUUGCUAGCCAAUACAUGCAUAACAGAUCGGAACAUGACCGCAUCGCGCGAUUAUGGACACAGAAAUAUGCGAAUUCUGCCACCUAUCCCUCUACUGGACAUUCUCAUAGUCUAAAUACUGACCAUGAGUCGGGUAGACGAGAAACACGGGUUGCGUUAUCUCCUACGCCGAAGUCUUCAGACUCUGGACAUUUAGGCUUCACAUCCUCAAACAGAGAUGACAUUCUGACGGAAGUGCCAUGCACAGAAAGUAGCAGCGCAAGUGCCUGUACGAGUGUUGGUGCUAGAAGUGAUGGAGGAGAAAGUGUGGACGAAGUCCUAGAUGAUGACACUCCCGUACCUUCUACGGAACCACCCAUCACCCAUUCACUUACUCCAGCUUGAUUAUGUUGCUCCUAAACCUUGUUCAUUUACCUGGUUCUUUCUUUUAUUUAUGGUUUCUCGCUUUGAUUUAGUCCACUGGCUAUUUUGUGAGGUUCUUUUGUAAAGAGGAAUCAUGCACAAUUCAUAUCCUGUUUUCAGGUGAUUCCAGUUCAGUUGACACUUUAGUUCUUCCUAUUCGCAUUCCCAUGUUGGCAUUUUUCAUUUCUUCUAAUUGGAUAAAAGCUCUUCAAAGUAAAUGAGGUAACUGUAGAAACCUCUUAUGAGUAAUAUUUCUAAUUGAGCAUCUCAGGUUUGAUAACUUUAGGUUUAAUUCAAGUUGUGCUUAUGCUCGUGUACAUUAUACUUCUAGACAUUGCUAUAUAAUUUUUGUCAGUUGCUUUCAGAAGCAUUCUAUUAUAUACUUAAUUUCUUAACAGUUGUAUAAAUUUAGUACUAUUUAAGGUAUUUGUUUGCAAAUAUUUACUAUUUCUUUGUUCUUUUUUAAAUUUAUGUGCCUGUGAACAUAUCAGCAUUUUUGGUUCAUUCAUGUUUGUUAUGUUCAUUGAACAUAGUAUCCUUUUUAAGCAGAGAUCAAAUUCUUCAUUUUUGGCCCAAGUGGACCAAAUUUAACUAAUUUUGUCAUAGUAUGUGUCCAUGCUUGAAAGCGCGAUUUGGUUAACCCAUCAACUUAGCAAAAUCGAAAUAGUGAAACUACUUAAUCUGUCUGAGCACAUCCUCUUUUUAAACAUUCUUCGAUUAUAAUCAGACUGCAG